CCGAGUUGUUGGACGAGAUGGCACGGCCGGCGUCGGUCCCGCUGGCGGUCUGCGUCAUGGAGGGCGACGCGAUCCUACAGCGCUCGCUGACGCACGCGCUGCCGUCGACGACCUUUGUCGACAUCCUCAAGGCCUUUGCCGCCGGCCAGUAUGCGCAUCGCGUCGGCGGCGCGGUCGUCCGUGUCGGCGACGCCGCCUCCAAGAUCCUCAACCACGCCGCCGACAUGGACGAGGUCGACAUGUACAUGACGUACGACGACGCGCUGCAUGUGCUCGGCGAGAUCAAGAAGGUCGUGUUCCUCCUCGCACCGCCCAGCGCGGUGCCAUUCCUCGCACCGCCGCCGCCGCUCUACGCCACGUCCGCGCCCGCGCCGUAUACGCUCACGACCAAGAAGCGCCGGCUCCAGAACCGGACCGCGACGUCGCUCGAGAGCCAGCACAACAUGGUGACCAUCGCCAACAUCUUGCACCAGGCGCAGCCAGCGCACGUCAAGUACCUCGUCCUGCCGUCGCGCUACAAGGUACCCGCCGCCGACCCGUUCCCGCUGCAGUUGCGCGGGUCGACCAUCGAUGUCAUGGUGUUUCGGCAGGCGUACAAGGUGCGCAUCCUCGAGCCCGAUAUCGUCGCCGCCCUGGAUGCACUCCACUUUGUAUGGGACGUGCAAGAACACAAGCGCGACAUGAACCUGCUCGCGCUGCGCACGUACAAGCAGAUCUGCGGCGACCUCCUCGUGCCCGAGCGCUUCCACGUCCCCGAAGACGCGGCGUGGCCGUCCGAGGUCUGGAACCUUCACCUUGGCCGCGUCGUGCGCAAGAUCCGCAGCUACGGCCCCGACGGUCCGGUCCAGCGCAAAGAAGAGCUGCUGGCGAUGGGCUUUGUGUGGGAGCACGCAGACUUUCAGUGGAACAUUCACCUCACGGCGCUGCAGAUCUACCGCCGCCUCCACGGCCACAUCAAGGUGCCCCAGUUCUUCAAGGUGCCACACGAAGAGGACGCAGACGUGGCCAACUGGCCGCGCGACAUGUGGGGUCUCCAUCUCGGCCGCAUCGUCAACCGGCUGCGGCUAACCAUGGACACGAUGCCAGCGUCGCACAAGCGCGCGCUCGACGACCUCGGUAUGGUCUGGGUCGCGAGCAAGAAGUUCAGCUGGGAGCACCGCCUUCUGGGCUUGACGACGUUCAAGCGCCUGUACGGGCACCUCAAAGUCCCCAAGUCGUUUCAAGUGCCAGAGCGCGACCCGCAGUGGCCGGCGCACAUUUGGAAGAUGCAACUCGGGUGGGUCGUCAAGGACCUCCGGAACAAGGAAGACACGAUGCCCCACGAGCGCAAACUCCAGCUGCUGCAGCUCGACUUUGUGUGGAAGAAGGCGCCGGAGCUCGACCUGUUGCCGCGCAACACGCCCGACUUGCUCGCCAACCUUCCAGACACGUCUUCGCACGUCGUUGAAAUCAUCUAAGAUACGUACGACUCACC